AUGAGCCACGGUCUUGUGGAAAGAGGGAGAUCUUCAGAAUGUGAAGAGGUUGCCGAAAGGCCUGUAUCGAAAGCUGCAGACUUCGCAUCCAUCAAGACCACGGGCUUUCACAUCGCGCCGCCCGCUUCGCUCUUCGUCCCCGCUCUGCAUCUGGAUGCUGGGCGAGGGCAGUUGGUGGCACUCACUUUCCGCGGGAUCAUGCUCGUCUUGAUCUUCGACGCGGAGGUUCACAUAGAUGCCAGGCUAUUGGAGUCUUUGCGGGAUUUCUGCAGCCGAAGUUCGGGCGAUGGCCUCUCACUGGCAGAGCUUCAUCCACUCAUCGUCCCGCAGUACGCCCAGGUCAUGGAGCAAGAGGAUGAGUAUCGCUUCGUCUACUACAACCACACCAACCACGCGCUGCGGCUCUCCAAUCAGGCGAGCAUCUCCAGGUCCCUUUUGGGCGGGAGUCGCGUCGCCAGCGCCGGCCCCAAGCCUACGGAGAGGGCCUUUCUCGCACCACUGCGGGCAACUCUGGCAGAUCCAAAGAUGAAGUGCCGUGAGGUGUCUUGGAAAUCCGCUGACCGCGGCUGGGUGUGCGCAAAGAGGUGGUGCGAGCGGGAGUUUUACCUGCUCCUGGAUGGGACCAGCACAUCCUUGUCGCGCUGUCAAGACGAGUGUGCCAGGUUCGCCUCGAUUCAUUUCAGCAACAUCUUCAUGAUGUAG